UGUCACCGUCUGAAUUCCCAUUGGACAGCUGUGUUUCUGACGGAGAUGCUAAUCUGCCCUUCUCCCCAGACGGCGCUGAGGAAAGAUGGCGGCGUGCACUCGGUGGCGGUUGGUGCGCGCGCUGGGUUUGAAUGGCGGGCAGCAGUCGAGAGUGGGCCGCGCGGGGCUGGCCACUGAGGCGGCCCCAAACCCGACUCCCCGGUACCCGCCCGUCCUACCGUCCCGCACCGCCAAAAGUAAGUCAGCUCAAAGGCGGAGGCUGGACGAGCUUUUCCAGCGAGUUCACGGAGCCUCCUCCGUGUCCGAGAAGAUCCGGCUCCUGACCCGGAUCCAGCGGCUCAAGUACGUCGUGUAUCCGCAGACGCUGUCUCUGGAGGCGGACCGCUGGUACCAGAGCUUCACCAAGACCGUCUUUGUGCCGGGACUGCCCGGCCGCCUGAGCGGCCCCGAGCCCGGAGCCGAGCCUGAUCUCGGCCGCCUCAGGUCCCUGGUGUGCGAGGCGGUGUCGCAGGAGAACUUCUAUGUGAAGAGGCGGCGGCCAUUCCUGUACCGGGAAAGAGAGCAGACGGUGCUGCCGCUCCUCGGGAGCCUCGUGCCGCGGAUCAUUAGCUACUUGGCCGCGGAAAACCCGCUGCUCGGAGUCUCUUCCCUGGAUUUUCAACCGGAUGUUAACUUUUACUGGUUGCGGGGUGAACGAACUGUUCCUCGGGGUCAUCGGAAAGGGCGAGUAGAUCCUAUUCGUUUCCAGAUUGAUGACAAGCCUUACUGCCAAAUUCGAGUUCCUAAACAACUCCCUGAGUUUGUGCCCUUAGAACAUUCAGUUCUUGAAGAUGUUCCUGUUAUUCAUGUCGAACCAUGCCGACUUCCAUUAUUUCAACGGCAGUAUGACAACAAUAUUUUCAUUGGUUCAAAGAUUUCUGAUUCUUCCUGUUAUGGACACACCCAAUUUCAUUUUGCUUCUGAGAAAUUGAGGAGAGAAAAACUAAUAAAAGAUGACCUACCUGACCAGAUUGAAGUGCGUUUGCGUGCCAAUGGUAUUGCAAGUUUGUUUGCUUGGACUGGAGCACAGGCAAUGUAUCAAGGAUUCUGGAGUGAGGCAGAUGUAACCCGACCAUUUGUUUCUCAAGCUGUGAUUACAGAUGGAAUUUAUUUCUCUUUCUUUUGCUAUCAAUUGAACACCCUAGCUCUGACUGUCAGUGCAGACCAGCAUAAUAACCGCAAAAACAUUUGCUGGGGGACAGAAAGUAUGCGCCUGUAUGAGGCUGUCGAAGGCGACAAUGUGAUAGGGUUCAACGAUGAAGUCCUGAGCCUACUUGUUCGCUUCUUACUCAAUAGACCAGAAUCAGUGAAAAGUAACCUAAGUGGAAUGUAACAUUUUGAACGUUUGUAAGUACUUUAAAAAUUGUAACAUAUGUUGAAAAUACAUAUAUCUAAGCAUUUCAAUUUUAAGUGCUUAAAAUACAUUAUUCAGAAAUGCCCCA